AUGUCCACCAUGACUGAGACGGUCGUUAUGCGACCGAAGGCCAAGGUGAGCAAUAAAAUUGACCUUGUUCCUGAAUCGCAGCGUUUCAUGUCAGCAUGUCAAGAUAUCGCAAACCAGCUCAUACAGGAAUACGAGACGGCUGGCGAUGACUCGAAGCCAAAGAAAGACAUAAAUCUGAAUAGCUUACGAGGACAAAUCAGUCGAAAAUACAAGCUGAGCCAUCAGCCGCCUUUGACUGCAAUCAUCAGUGCUGUACCCGAACAGUACAAGAAAUUCAUUCUGCCUAAGCUCCUCGCUAAGCCUGUCAGAUCAGCAUCUGGUAUUGCGGUUGUUGCUGUAAUGUGCAAGCCACAUCGUUGUCCACACAUUGCGUAUACUGGAAACAUCUGCGUUUAUUGUCCUGGUGGGCCUGACUCCGACUUUGAAUAUUCCACCCAAUCGUACACAGGCUAUGAACCAACAUCAAUGCGCGCCAUUCGAGCCCGAUAUGAUCCCUUCGAACAGGCCAGAGGACGUGUCGAUCAGAUCAAGGCUCUAGGUCACAGCGUGGACAAGGUUGAAUAUAUUAUUAUGGGUGGCACUUUCAUGUCCCUGGCAAAGGAGUACAGAGAGAACUUCAUCGCUCAACUACAUAACGCAUUGUCAGGCUACCAGAGUGAGAACGUGGACGAAGCAGUGACAGCUGGAGAGAUGUCAAGCAUCAAAUGCGUUGGCAUUACAAUCGAAACUCGACCAGAUUACUGCUUAGAUACUCAUCUCUCUGAUAUGCUGCGUUAUGGCUGCACCAGACUCGAAAUUGGCGUGCAGUCCUUGUACGAAGAUGUCGCACGAGAUACUAAUAGAGGUCACACGGUUGCAGCUGUGGCCGAAACCUUUAAACUUGCUAAAGAUGCCGGCUACAAAGUCGUCUCCCACAUGAUGCCUGACCUGCCCAACGUGGGUAUGGAGCGUGACAUCUUCCAAUUCGAAGAGUACUUCGAAAGUCCUAACUUCAGAACCGAUGGCUUGAAGAUAUAUCCAACGCUAGUGAUUCGAGGAACAGGUUUAUACGAGCUGUGGCGGACAGGUCGCUACAAGAAUUACACACCAAAUGGUCUCGUUGAUCUCGUUGCCAAGAUACUAGCACUAAUACCACCUUGGACUAGGAUCUAUCGAGUACAGCGCGACAUUCCCAUGCCACUCGUUACUUCUGGAGUGGAAAAUGGUAAUCUUCGAGAGCUAGCGUUAUCGAGGAUGAAAGACUUCGGUACAACCUGCAGAGACGUGAGAACUCGCGAAGUUGGCAUAAACGAGGUCAAGAACAAGAUUCGACCAUCUCAGGUCGAGCUGGUCCGACGAGAUUAUACAGCAAAUGGUGGCUGGGAAACUUUCCUUGCCUACGAGGACCCGAAACAGGACAUUCUUAUCGCAUUGCUAAGACUAAGAAAAUGUAGUGCUACACAUACCUUCCGACCUGAACUUACUGGCCAGCAAACCAGUCUAGUGCGAGAACUGCAUGUUUAUGGGUUGGCUGUACCAAUUCACGGACGAGAGAAGACCAAGUUUCAGCAUCAGGGAUACGGCACAUUGCUUAUGAAAGAGGCUGAAAGGAUAGCCAGAGAUGAGCAUGGAAGCACCAAAUUGAGUGUAAUCAGUGGUGUUGGUGUGCGCAGCUAUUACGAAAGACUCGGCUAUGAGCUUGAUGGACCAUACAUGAGCAAAACGUUGAACUAUGAUGAUGAUAGCGACGACGACUGA